GAACGAGCAAUAGCCAGCAUAGUAAUUAUUCAAGGGACGAGAUGGAUAUGGAUUCUAGUGGGAAUCGUAGAGAUGCGAUGCCUAACGAAGAUCAAAGAUUACCUCCUCAUUUCGACUACAAUAUGCGUCGUCAUUCUGUCCCAGGAGGGACUCAACUAGGAAUGGGACAUCCACGUGGCGGUGUAGCCUCUCCCUCACAGACUGGUGCGAAGCGAAAGAUGUCUAUCGAUAGAGCCCAGUUGCCGGUAGUCGGCGAAGAAACCGAUCCAAAACUUGCUGGUCCAGGCAUCCAUAGUGGUGCAGAAGUCGAUCCAGAUGAACCCGCACCUAAACGACGGAACUCUGCUUUUGAUACACAAAGAAUAGCUCAGAUGAGCCUGUAUGAUCGCAGAGACUCGCUAGAUUCACGUAUGAGUAGUACUGGAACGCCUACAUCCGCGUGGUGGUCUAACGACAGACGAGACUCGACUUCAUCGAUGUUCUCUGGGACAUCUAUGGGCAGUAGCCCGAGUUUCAACUCGCCGGGCUUCGCCGGCGAUAUGCAUGGUAGGCAACCCAGCAGCAUGUCUGCUUUCGCGUGGCCUUCGAACUCGAACGCGGGUUCUAACGACGCAUCCGCACCUCAAGGCGUGCAAGUAGCAUCUCCCUUGGAUCCCAACCUUAACAGACAGUUCGAAGCCCCAGUUCCACCUCACUCCGUUGUCCCCUCCAACAACAACAUGCCAGCUGAACGACGAAUGUCCGCCCCAGACACUAUGACUUUGAACUCAUCGGGCCGAUCUGACCGUGCACGUCUCUCCCGCUCGCGCCCUCCGUCCCGCACCGCUGGUGCCGCUUCUCGAACAGCUGAUGCUACUCCCACAAGCCCUGGAGUCUCUCCUACAAGUGGCAGACCUGAAGAGUCACCAAUCUCUGCUGGUUCCGCAUCGCAGAACCAUGCAUCAUCCGGCAAGGAGUCUAAUCACCCCACACCGUAUUCUCGCUCGCCAGAGCUCCGAGUAUCUCACAAGCUUGCCGAGAGGAAGCGGAGGAAGGAGAUGCGAGAUCUCUUCGACGAAUUGCGAGACCAACUACCAGCUGACCGCGGCAUGAAAGCCAGCAAAUGGGAGAUUCUGAGCAAAGCAAUUGACUAUAUUCAGCAACUGAAGCAGUCGCAGAACGACAUGAGCCGAGAAAUUGACCUGCUACGACACGAAAUGGAGACGGUGCGCCAUGGAGUGCCAUACGGGCAUCACCCAGCGGCCCCACACCCGGUCAUGUAUCCGCCACCUGGCACCCACUAUGGACCACCUGCCCCUCAACCCCCGCCUCCACAUCCCCUACCGCCACAACAGCCGUUAUCUCGUCCAGGGUCUUCACACAAUUCCUACAAUCCGGCCGCAGGGACGACGCCCGCGACAAAUGGGAAAGCACAGUCAUAAGCGCGUACAAUGCAGCGACGUUGACGUCGCUUCACUCAUUUCUCGCUUCCUUGCAUGUUGUCGAGUUACUGUUGUUUUUACGUGUUGAUGCUUUUUUUCCUUCUUGUUUUCGGUCUCUUUAUUUUUUCAUUUCUCAGGCUAAGUGUCGUCGCUUCUGGGUUGGUGUAUAUUUGUCCUUGCGGAGGGAACAGGUUCCUUGCGUGGAAGAGCGUUAACGUAUUUAACAAGACACGGACCGUCUUUAUAGCCCUAACAAUUACUAUCGCUAUUUUCUUCAGCCCUGCUGUGACUAGACUACUUCGCAGAGUAUCCAAGUAUUCGAUGUUGUAC